UUCUUUGUUGAUUUUUGCAACAUUGCAACACCGGACGAUAAACUAUAGCCCUCAGAGGGUAUUGCGAUUUUAUUAAUUGCCCCACCCGGUCCCCUCUAUUGAUUGGCUUCGUGUCGAAAGGAAGCGUGCUGUGGUCGAGCGCUUAAGUCUGGGGUUGAUGACGUUUAGUGUUGUGAAGUUGGCGAUGGAAGAAAAUGAAGCUCUGAAAAAACAGAUAAAACUGUUACAAACCUUCCUAUUGUUGUGAUGGGCUAUUUUGAUGCACAAAGUGUUAAAACCACGACAAGUUCACUGCAUUGCGUUGAAAACAUGGCACGGUGAUGUGACAUGACAGCGUUGAUUUCUGCAAUUGUCGCCCAUAGCAACACACGAAGCAAAGUCGUUUGCACGCAGACUUACAAAUAUCAUGGAUGAAGAGAGUAAUUUCAAUACAAUACAGUGGUACCAGUUUGAGAUGUUAUUGUUAGACUACAGUAGUCUAACCUCUUCAAGCAGCAAGAGUAAUGAUUCAGAUGAGGAUGGCCGCCAGUUCAUUUUAGCAACAGAUAUGAUCUAAUUAACAACCACAAGAGUGUUCAUGGCGUUACACCUUCAGCUUCUGGCUGCAUGGCUGUGGUUCGUGGUGAAAUCCUGGACAGGCUGCAGCCAGAAACCGUAGUGCUACGUUCUCGGCAACGUACACCCCACAGCUCGGUGGCAGACAGGAGGAGCAGCCCUGGCUCCCUGACUGUGAAGACACGGUUCUCUCUGCGGAGGCGAGGCCAGGUCCCAGGGAAGAGACUGCAGGCCAGGGGGCUGAUACCCAUCGGCAGGCACAAACUGCGCCGGCUUCCUAGUGCAGGCACCCAUGGCUCAGCCAGGCAAGGUCUUUCAAACCACACCCCACACAGAGUGAUCAGGACGCGGUACGAGAAAGUGAAGCACGAUGCAGCUGGGAGCUCCCCAGCACCGCACAGCACUGCGGCACACACCUGGAGGGGUCGCAGGAUCAGCACCACCAGGUCGUUGCUGCAGAGUCAGAUACGGCACUAUUCGCCAGGUUACAGACAGCGUCCCCCGCAGCGCUGGAUAGGGGGGGCCCUCUACAGAGUCUCUGCAAACAAGCUCUUCAAGACCUCCUCCACAUCUGGCUUCAACGCCAAGCUGAGUCCCAGGGCAGGAAAGUGUACUGCUGUGACUGACGGGCCAGGACAGUCCCUUCCCGGCAGCCUCGGCAGAGCCUUUACCACCAGACACAUUGCCAGUCACGCAAUGCAGCGCAGCGCAGCCUGUCGAUUAUCUGGCAAGCCAAACUGAAGAAGCAGCAGAAAAGGGAAUACUGCAUGUACUACAACCGCUUUGGGAAGUGUAACCGCGGGGAGAAGUGCCCCUUCAUCCAUGACUCAGAUAAGGUGGCUGUCUGCACCAGGUUUCUAAGAGGCACGUGCAAGCAAACAGACGGGUCAUGUCCAUUCUCACACAAAGUGUCCAAGGAAAAGAUGCCUGUGUGUUUGUACUUCUUGAAAGGGAUCUGCAACAACAAUACCUGCCCCUGCAGUCACGUCUGUCUCCUGGAAAGCAGAGGU